ACGCCCCGCCCACCAACAACAAAUCGCCCGCGGCGAGCGGAGCGUUGCGUAGCGGCAAAGCCCAGCGCGCGUGGAUGCGCGCACGGUCGCGAUGCGGCGGUGCUAAAUACGAAUCGCUAGGGGAAGAAGUAACAGCGACACGCUUUUGCUCGACUGUGGCAAAGAUGUUGCGCUGCGCCGAGGAGGUGGAGGGAAGUUACCGUGCGUGAGGGGCGCCCUCCUCGCUACUCACACACACACACACCCUCCCUCCCCCCGUCUCCCUCCCCACGUCCUCGGCCGCCGACACGGAGCGGCCAUCUUCAGCUGGCGUGAGGAGCCGUGUGCCCGUGUGUGGGAGCCCCGCGAAACGAAGGGGGGGGUGGUUGAGAUGCGCCUCUCCCCCUCCGCUCGGCGAUUCAUUCGGCGGUCGACGACUACGACUACGCAACGCCAGCCGAGAGACGCCGCUCCGCCACAGGUCUGACAUGGCGAUGGGCGUAUUGUGACAUAAAACAACCGGAAAGGACUGGUCAACGACCCAACUCGCAAGCUCAAGCAAAACCCAGCCCCAGGUUCAUCACCGCAGAGGAGAAGGCAGAGUUCGUGGGGCUGUCUGCGACCGGAGGAUGAACCAUCAGAGGGCCGAGAGACCGAAGCGUAACAGAAUACAGAAGCAACGGGACUACAACAAUGGCAUCCCAUGGUGGGAGGAGCGCUAUGUACAGAGGGCCCUGCACCUCUCUCUGAAGGACCACAGGGCCUCCAAGAAGCCAUCGGCGAGCCCGGCGGUCGCUGACAUUGGUGGAGGCUGUGCCGAUGACGAUGGCAUUGGUGGUGCUUUGGACGUAAAGUUGUCAAGAGCGGCGGUGCUGCAGCGGCAGGAUGUGUUUUCCCAUGCGGACUCGGAGGAGACCGUGGACAGAGCGAGGCCCGUCGGUGCCCUGGCUGCCGUCACCUGGCCACGCAUGCAGGCCCAACGCAAGUUCGCUCAGAUCUACCCGCCGGGCUGCCCGGGCUCGCCGACGUCUCCCGCCGGCUCCGUGGGGCUGGCAGGCCGCUGCGUCGACGCGUUCGAGAGAUCCUCUCCGUUGCCGUUCGGCUUCGGGCAGCAGCAGCAGCAGCCACCGUUCCUCCUGGGUCCGUGUCCCCGUUCGUACCCGGGGUCCGUUCGCGCCCCCUACCCUGGCGCGGUGCAGGGGCGGAUGCGAGACCUGUGCAAGAAAACGCCCAAGACGGAGGACUUUCUCACGUACCUCUGCCUCCGAGGUUCCUCCGCGCUGCCGAGUUCCCUGCGCUACUACGGCAUGACCCCGGAGAGCAGCCGUCCGCGACGGGAGACGCAAGGCAACGUGGCGACACGGCCCAGCAAGGGUCCUUCGCCCGAGAAAACCGUUCCCGUCGCCGUGCCGCCAACACAGCCUCCACCGCCGCCGCCGCCGCCACCACCACCACCAACUCCGCCACCAACGCCUAGCCCAAAGAAACCGCCAAGGAGCCCACCCAGCAGAAAUGCGAUCCCAUUGCUCGCGGACAUCAAAAAGGAGCUAAUCUGGCCUGAGGAAUGCAUUCUCGGCGAGAAGCGGAGAAGCGCACGCAAGAAGGGCAUCGCCGAGCCAUGCGGCGGCGGCGGCGGCGGCGGCGGCGGCGGCGGCGGCGGUGGCGGCAACGACUCGGGGCCAUCAGCCGAGCCCCCUAGGCCCGAACGGGCUCGGAGAGUCGCGGCCAGCGGGAGUGGCGCGUGGACCGGCGGCGGGGAGCGCCAGCGCGGCCCGGACUGGCGCGGGGACGUCGCGUGGAACGGCUGCGGGUCCGAGGAGGGCGACGGCGAUGCGGGGAGGGGCGACGGCAGCCACGUGGAGGAGGAGGAGGAGGCUCCUGCUGUGGCCAGCAGGGACGCCGGCUACAGACCGGCCGCCAAGAUGUCCGCCUCCAAGUCGGCGGUGCCAGCGCAGUACCCGCAGACGAGCCAGGGCCCCGCGCAGAGGGAGUCUCGCGGCUCUCGUCGCUCGGCCCGCCACGCCACCCGCCACGCCGCCGCCCUCAACGCCGGCAGCCCGGACCGCGCGCCCGACGCCGACGCCGCCGACGAUGGCGGCGUCUCCCGGGGUCGCUCCAGGGCGGCGCGGCGCCGGCCGCGCUCUCUCGAGCCGGACUCUGAUCCGGGGCCCCCGCGCGAAAUGAUGCGGAGGAGGCGAGCGCUUCCCGUUGAGCCUCCGAGGACGAGGGAGGAGCUCCGCAACGGUCCAGCUCGGCUGCACCGCUGUCGCGGCGGCGGCGGCGGCGGCGGCGGUAGCGACACGGAUGCCGAAGAAGCAAACGGAACCCGCAUGACGCGCAGGCAGAGAGCGGCGGAGGUUAGAGGGAGGGCAUCCGGAGAUUCGGAAAAGGCCGGGACUGUUUUGAACCAACAGCAGCAGCAGCAGCAGCAAAAGAAGCGUCCGCAGCAGUCGGCGCUGCCCGACAAGAAGAGGAAGCUGGAGGAAAUGGCGAACUGCGUCUUCCAGGUGGAAGGGAAGAGACAGCCGGCGCCGCCAAGGCAGAAGACUGGCGUCGUUUCUCCCCCACGGGCAUCGCCCCGCGAAGCUCUGCAGUCGGCAAUCACCGUCGGGCUCGCCGGAGAAUUUAAUCCCAGCCCGGGCGGCAACGAAGAAGACCGAGAAAAUAGUGUGGAGCCCUCGGUGACGAGCGAUGCUCCGACAGACGACCCUGCCGCUGGCCGGGAGAACGACCCCAAGACCCGACGGAGGCGCAGGAGCGCAAGCGUCGAGCGAGCCGUCUCCACCGCGAGCGAUAGCGACGGUGAAAGCUCGCGGGCCUGCGCCUCGCCACCCGCUCCGGCCCCAUCCCAGCCCUCGGCCGACUCUGCGAAGCACGACGACGACGACGAGCAGCGGGGGACGAGGGGUCCUCCUCCGGUCGCUCCCGGUGCCAAUGUUCUCCCGGCAUGUGCGAGACCGGCGCAGAGGCCCCGGCGCGCCUGCAGUGCUCCUGACGCUGAGCCCGGCCGCCAGCAGCCGCAGCAGCAGCAGCAGCCACCGCCGACGCUUCGCUCGCACGGCAAGCGUCUCCGCAGCAACAGCAAUCUUGCCAGUGGGGACGAGGCCAAGACCGAUGAGCGACCGGCGGCCCCUCGGGGGGCCGCGCCCGCUCCCACGCCCGUGUCGCCCACGCUGGCGUCGGCGUCGGUGUCGGCAUCGGCCGCGCCCUCGUUCCUGGCGCAGGCUCUGCCGGAGGUGCCGGUGCUGUACCCGACGGCGCGGGAGUUCCUGGACCCAUUGGCGUACGUGGAGGGCGUACGGUCGCGGGCGGGGGUGGAGGAGGCGGGCGCGUGCCGCGUAGCGCCGCCCACUUGCUGGAGGCCCGAGUGCCGGCUCAGCGACGACAUGCGCUUCGUGACGCGCGUGCAGCACGUGCACAAGCUGGGCCGGCGCUGGGGCCCCAACGAGAUGCGGCUGGCGUGCAUCCGCAAGCACCUGUUGCGCCAGGGCAUCGCGCUGGAGGAGUUACCGCUCAUCGGCGGCUGCGAGCUGGACCUGGCCUCGCUGUCGGUGCUGAUGGAGUCUCUGGGCGGGAUGCAGCAGUUGCGCGACGCUCGCGCGUGGCAGCGCUUGGCGGACGCGCUGCGAGUUCCGCGCGCCGCCCAGGACCGCCUGGCACGGCUGCAGGAGGCGUACUGCCGCUACCUACUCGCCUUCGAGGGCCUGCCAGACGGUGAGCGACGCGGUCUGGAGCGGGAGGUGCUGGCGGAGCGCGAGCGGAUCGAGGCGCGCGGGGGGGCUCUGGAGGGACAGCAGGGCCAAGGGGACAUCCCUGAGGGGCUCGGGCUCGGAGCCAGCUUCAAACCGUGGAACAGACUAACGAGCCGCGUGCGGAACGGAGUGUCCUCCAAUGGGAUGUCUCCACUGCCGAGCGACGGGGAGGACGGGGAGGCUGUGACGAACCCCCCCAAAGAGACGCACAGGGACAGCGGAGUGCUCAAGGACGUGCACAAGUGGUGCUUCAAGGGCAAGUCGGUAUCGCUGACGGCGUUUUACCGAGCGGCGCGGAACCUGCUGAGCACUCACUGCAGCAAGGAGCCGUCGGCGUCGCUCAUCGAGCAAAAGUACUGGGAGAUCGUUCAGAACCAGGACAUGCACGUGUCCGUGCACUGCGGCAAAGUCGACACAAACUUCGUGUCCAGCGGCUUCCCAAUCGGCCGCUCCGAGCCCUUCUCCAGGCACAGCUGGAACCUGACAAUGCUGCCCAGCAACCCCGGCUCCGUGCUGCGACACCUGGGAGCUCUGUCCGGGGUCACGGUGCCGUGGCUGAACGUGGGGAUGGUGUUUUCUACGUGGGUGUGGGCCCGCGACCCGCACUACCUGCCCUCCAUCGACUACCUGCACACGGGCGCCGACAAAAUCUGGUACUGCAUCCCAGCCAGCCAGAAGGAUAAACUGGACAAGGUGGUCCACUCCCUACUGCAGGCGAAUGGCAAGUCUGGCUUGGAGAUGCUGCAGAACAGCAUGGUGUCCCCGGAGGUGCUGAGCCACGCCGGCGUGUCCGUGUACCGCACCGUGCAGCGCAGCGGGCAGUUCGUGGUCACCUUCCCGGGGUCCUUCACCUCGUCCGUGUCGUGCGGCUACUCGGUGUCCGAGACAAUCACGUUCGCCCCCGCUGACUGGCUGCCCCUCGGCUGCCGGGCCGCUGAGGAGGUGAAGAGGCGGUGCAUCCCCAACAUGUUCCCCGUGGACAAGCUGCUUUACCUGACGGCCGUGGGCGAGCUGGAGAAGGGCAACGCGGCGGCACUGGCCCACGUGGGGCCCCUGCUGGGCCAGCUACGAGACCGGGAGUUGAACCUGCGGCGGAGGCUGCACGUGCGGGGACUCCGCUCGUGGGCGCGCUACGGCUGCCAGGACGCGCACCAUCCCGGCGUGGCCGAGGUGCGCAAGCGGCCGCGCAAGUGGCUUCCCAUCGAGUCGGCGGAGCGGCGCUGCCUCACCUGCCGCCAGCUCUGCUACCUCUCCAUGGUGGUGGAGGAGAGCGAGAACGUGGUCUUUUGUCUGCACUGCGCGCUGGCACGCACGGAGGAGCAGGGCUCCUGCCGGCGUCUCAAGCUCAUGUACCGCUACGACCAGGAGCAAAUGGACUCGCUUGUCGACCGGGUGAACGCCGCGAUCGCUCUCAGCCUCGGCGCCGGCCUCGCCUCGCCAGGGACUCACCGCAGCCCAGUCCCCUCGGUGUCCUCCACCACCACCACCACCACCACUCCUCCUCCCCCUCGCCGCACCGCCAACUCUACCCGCCGCCACCCAGCCUCUGAGCCGGCCAGUCCCACCAAUACCGCCGCCGCCACCACCGCCGAUACCGCCGAUACCGCCGGCUCGGCAUACGAUGGAGCCGACGGUCGGCUUUCCUCUCCGUCGCGGCGCAGGCGAAGGGCCGAGCCGCGUGGGGGGUCGGCGGCGACGGCGGCGGCGGCGGCGGCGGCGGCCGCGGAGGACGGGGCCUACGGCCGGCAGGGACAGCGGCAGGUGCGGCGAGCGGCGCUGGGGCCGUACGGCGCGCGCCAACGGGGGGAGGCGUCCGGCCCGGCGAGGCCGCGUCCGUAAGGGGAUGCCGCGUGGGGGGUCCGCUCGGGAGGUUUAGCGGCGAUCGUUGCUUGGCGGGCGUCCACCGGCAAUGCGUUUUAAACCGGGAGCGAAAACGGCACCUUUUGGGUACGGCAGUGGCGUAGAGCAGCGAUUCCCAACCUUUCAUUUGUCCGUGUACCCUGACCGUACCUAUCACCUUUCCACGUACCCUUUCAGCAUAUAGGUUUUAUAUUCAAUUAAAUAGUUGAAUACAAUACAGCAUAAUAAUGACAUGUAUUACAAAUAUAUAUAUAUAAUUAUCACCGAAGACACUUAGUGAACACUUAAUAACUUUCAAAUAUAACUAAAUAUUUACAAUUUAAUAUUUACCCUUUAAUUAAAAAAAACAUGUUUAAACUCUACUGUGCAAUGUUUAGCCGAGUCACUAUGAAGCAGAAGAGACUGGCUGAGGUUCACUGAGCAUGGAAUGUUUAAGAUAUUUUCUGACGGUCUUGAAGAUUCAUUUAUUUAUUUGGAAACUUAUAAAAUAAUGUGAAAAACGAGAGGAAUCGGGGAUCCUCCCUCCCCCCUCCCCCCGCGCAUGGACGAUGGAGGCAUGGAUUCGCAAAAUGAAACGCAACGGAUAAGCGUGUGGCUUUUAGAGUCGCGAGCAAACACGCACGCAGAGCUAGCGCUGCCUCGUGACCUCGCUUCACCCUACUCCAGUACGCGAUUGGCCUCGCGUACCCCUCAGAUAUGCCACGCGUAUCCCGACGGGUCCUCGUGUUCUGUUGUGCCGCAGGUUGGGAACCGUUCGUGUAGAGCAGGGGCGGGGAACCUUUUCUUCUGCCAAGGGCCAUUUGGAUAUUUAUAUAACGCCACUCGCGGGCCAUACAGAAUGAUCAACUUAAAAAUUAGCCCGUUUAUAUUUGGUCAAACAUUUAAUUAACUCACCCCCUAAUGUGAUGGCUGGAGCUGUUUCUCUUUGGCGAGGCGUGUGACGAUGUUAGCUGGCUAUUGACGAUGAUGUUGCUACUCGCAACUGCUUUUCCAGGUUUUGCUACCUAGAUUUAUUGAAUUUCGAGUCCCGCCUGCGGUUGCCUUGGCAGGGCAACACCAAAUGGCCCACUCUACACCCCUGGUGUAAAGUGAAGGAGAUCUGUUUUGAAGAGCUGCGAUUGGUCAACAGAGCACACGACGGUCACGUGGGCCUGCCUGCCUGUGAUCUGAUUGGAAGUCGCCCUCAUUUGCCCACUAUGGAGGGCGAUCGUCAGACCUGCCUGGAAUUACAAUAGAAAUCUUACAAACACUCAUCACAUUUGUCAAUAUCACUGCCGUAAAGAGGGAAGCGUACGAUAGGAAACAUUUCGGGCAAUGGCGCGGCAACAUUUGCCUGUGCCGGUUUUUGUGGGCGAUGGUCGUUCUCAAUUGGCCUUUGUGGAUCCAUUGCCUUGGCGUGCGCGUCCACGUGUCAUCCCCAUGUGGAAAUCCCAUUUUGCAGUUUUACUCUGGAUCACAAACUUCAGGGGAUGGCUGCGAGGGUCCAGGACCUCGUCCGUGCGCUGGAACGGUAUUUGGAGAAAAACGGUCAAAUCGGUAAAACGUAGCGACCGUUUGAUGCUGGGUUUUUUUUUUUUUUGCCAAAAAUUGGCAGCGAUGUUUUACCGGCGCAUGAAUUGGGGCCGAAAUGAAUAUUUGUUUUCAAACCCCCCCCCCCCAACAAUUUUUUGUACCGUGUUGUAAUAUUUUUUUUUUACCUGUGCGUGUGUACAUAUUUUUUUAAUUGGACUGUAGUACGUUUUUUCGUUGUUAUAAAGUGAAACAGGUCACACAAACGGGAACGCAAGAGUGUUUUGCUCAUCCGAAGGAAAAAAAAAUAAACCCAGAAUGUAUCGGGGGUUUUUUUUUUUUUAAAGUGAUGCCACCUCGCGUCUUGGAGGGGCAUUUAAGUUUGCGUUCUUUUACUGAAUUUCUACUGUUUUUUAUCAGAAAUCCUCGGCAGACUGUGAUACUGGUGUGGAGCUGCUGGCAGCAGCCCACCCAUUCCGACAGGUUUUAAAUGUGCUGCUCACGUGAAAAAAAAAACCUUUCUCCAUUCCAAAAUGUAGCGUUUUAUUUGAAUCCGAUUGCCGAUUUUAAGCGGCAAACGCUUAAUGCGUCGUUGCUCUCGUUUGCGUUGCCUUGAGCACACGGCCGAUUUUAAAACGGUGAAGUGAUGAGAGAUAGAGAAAAAAGGGGCUGUGUUGAGUGACUGUCUGACAGUGCAUGACCUGUGUACGUGAUUCCCAAGGGUUGAACUAGCUGUGGAAUGGAUAGGGGGGGAUAAGGUGAAAAAAAGUUGGUGGGCUGUGGAGUCGCUUGGAUGCGGUCGUUUAUUAAUGUGAAAAAUUAAGGGGGUCGAUGCUCCAUGUUUAAAGGAUUUUGCACUAGCGAGGAACGUUAUUUACUGUAUGGAGAUGAAGCAGCAAAAGAAAGGAAGUGAUGCUUGCGUAACAUGAACAUGUCCAGAAGCCGGUAUUUGUGUAAAAUCCCGAGGCGCGAUUCAUCUGUUGGUGGAAACGCAUUGUCCACCGAUAUUUGACGGAGAAAUGGUGACGUCGCUGCUAUUUCACGAUCGUCCAUUUCCCUCCUGGCUGAAUUUCGGCGGAAUUCGGUUUCAGCCAACACGUGGAGCAGGUGGCUCUGUCUCGAGCAGAAGUCGUCGACAAAGUUUCUCCUUAAAUUUGAUCUUUAUCAAGUGGGGGGGGGACCAACAUUACAGAUAAAUCUCGCUCUUUCAGAUCAUCGAAGUGACAUUCUUCCCAGUGGGGAACUUUAGCCCCAGAUCCUUAAAGACGGUCUGCACGAUUUCUCGGAAUGUGAAAUUGUCAAAGGGAAGAGCUGCUGAACGUCAGAAGUGAAUUUAAGUUUUAGGUAAAGUGCUUCAUUGUUUUUGAAAAGAUGUUUACCCCAUCCCAAAGAAAGAUUUAAUUGGCCCCAGCUGCAUGAGUGAAAGGCAAAAGCCGAGGUCGGUUCAUUCGCGCUGGAAUAAAAAGAGUAAAAUAAUUGUUUUACUAUCGAUAUCAACGAUGGUGAUGGUGUGCCCACCUGCGAGUGUUAAAAGUACCCCACGAACUAAAUCGUGAGCUCCUUAUUUUAAGAAUAUUUCCGGGAGGCACGAAAACUUGAUUGUGGCAACGACGGGGCGACCCGUGACAGUGCGUCGACGCGCCACUCGACGGCUCCAGAGUUCAGUCCGCGUAGGCGACUUGGUCCGUUGCGUGUUUUACCAACUCCCCAGCGAGAACAGCUCCCUCCCCCGCUCCCCCACACUGAGCGCAGGUUGGAGUUAAGUGCCCGGGGAGAGAGUAAAAAGGGGAAACACGUGGUGGAUCCAAACUGCCUGGCCGGGCUGACCGACCUUGGGUCCCCUGCGACGCUGCUACGUCGAGAGCGGCGCCGGUUCUAAGUGUUCAGUGCAAUGAGUUUGCAAUGGCCUUGCUGUUGUGGAAUGUAAAUAAUUGUUAUUGGUACAAUCAUCUUCGCGUUAACAAACAAAAAAAACGGAAUUCACGGCUUAAAAGGAAAGCAAUGGAUUGUGUGCCCGUAAUGGAGCGUUGGUUUUUUUUCUUCCUUGUGUCGUCAUCGUGAGCUCGCGAAUUUCAAUCAAUCGAGUGGCAAUUUGUGCGGCGGUGUCGGUAUGCAGUGAUUGGUGCUAAAUGUUGCGCUUCACCCCCUCCCACCCCCACCCCCCCCCCAGAAAAGCUUUAUUUUUUGUGCUGUGCCCGCCGCGGUAGAUGGCACAGCGCUCUCCUGCCGUCGUGAUUGUGCGGUGUAUGUGGCUUCUGCAGUUCCUGCUUGAACGCUUAAUCGAUAAUGAGGGGAUGGGCGGGGCGGGGCGGGGGGGGGUCCCUCGUGCGAAUCACUGCUGCUCUGUGAAAUCCUGCCACAGAGAAUUGAUAUCUCUAUCUGUAACCCUACAAUCAUAACCCACAACCAUAACCGUGACUCCAUACGCAUUUUGCCUUGUGGGGUUUUUUGUUUUAAUCGUGCCACAUCCAUUCCAGCGAAGAAAAACCGAGUCUGGCUGGAGGCGGAAAUAUAGAAGUAACAAUGAACUCGCGCAGGGAAUAAAUUGUCACAUUCCGCAUUACAUUUCAAGUAAAGAAUCGAUUUUUUUAUAUAUAUAAACAUUGUUUUGCCUCUUUUGUACAGUUAUGUGCACCGUUCAGUUGAAACGGUAUAUAAUUUGCACAGAUUGAAAAUACUGUUUUUCUCGUGCGUACAAUUUGAUGUGCGCACCUGGUGCGCAUAUUAAUCAAUGCACCUUUACGUGCCCUUCGGUAGCAGCGGCACACUAUUACCACCGCAUUGGGUGUCUCUUCUGCCCUGAAUCUUGUCUUGCCGAACCGAGGCAGAAUUGUCCUGCGCCAGUCUCUUGGAAUCGCCUUCCUGCACAACAUAAAGCCGUCGUCGGAUUGAUUGAACCCGGUACUUAACCCAUUCCAGUCGCUCGCUGGCGGUCAGCCAUCUCAUUGUCACUCUCCUAUCACCACUUGUCUGGUUUCUGUCAACGUGAACGUCACCGAUUGAUUCCUCCACCCAUGUUUAGCACUACCUCUGACUUGUCUCGUCCCUGCCGUGUUCAAACAACAUACUGCAGGUCGCUUCUUCACUCCGUCGUCUCUUCCCAAGUUCUUGCAACGUUUGUCAAUUCCAGAGAUGUAGUAACUCCGUCGUGGCGUUUGUUGCUUUGGUUUUUGUUGGCCUUGUGCACAGCGAACAUUAAACAAAUGUAGUUAACCAUUUAUACAUUUGCAUUGCAUACACAACAAAAAAAAACGAAUGCCGUGUGCAUUGGCAUUGCUCGAAUCCAACCUCUGCUAUUCCAUUAUUGCCAAGAACCUAAGAGCCACAGCUGUCUUCGAGAGAGUACCCAAACCGGAUCACCACGCCCUCCAUUCUCGCACCCUUCGGUCUCCCUUGCAGGAGACGUUUCGGUUGGAUCUCGAAGUUGCGUAGCGUUUAGCUGUGAGGCUCUCUACACGUGUGUCGGAAAGGAGGGCACUUUGUGAAACUCUUUAAAGCUCCCAACAACACUGCUGCCACCGAUCCUUAUUGGUCUAGGGGACCGAUUCAUGGGGUGUGGCAAUGGAGGUGACAUCACCCCCGCGUGGAAAAGAGGUGACGGAUCAAGUUGAAGCUACUGAAUUGGCUGCAGAGUUUUAGGGCAGCAGUGGUUUGCAUUGAAGUAGGGGCGGAUGGUAUCUUCAGAUGAAGACGAAUACCGGUGGGAAAGGUGCAAAAUCAUCCACGUUAACAAUGAUGUGCAGUAUAACAUUGCAUAAUUUUUCACGCCAAAAUCUCCACGUAGGUGGCUCUGAAGGAUUUAGCCUACCACCACUGUAUAAGACUCGAUACAAUACAUUAUUUGCAACUUCAUCCAAUAGCGUAUCUUACGCGCAUUAUCAGGCGUUUAUUUUGUUCACAUCGUGAGAGAUGGCUGACCAAAAGUAGCCGUCUUCUAAAAUGUAUAAUUGCGGACCAUGUCUAUUAACGACCACUUUAAUAAUGUCAUGCGCAAAUCUUGGAAUUUUUUAUUUCAUACGAAUAUUCAAAUUCUGAAUGUACGUGGUCUAAAAAAAAAAAAGUACUGCAGAAGAUAGUCUCUGCUCGCAUUUACGUAGGCUCCUUGUUUUUCUGUGAUGAAACAGACCGGGCCCUGUCCCCAAAGCAUCACGUGGCCGGUGAUUAUAGGAAACGUUGUGUCCUGGACUCAACAAAUCAUAGCAGUUGUGCAAGUACUGUACUCUCGUAUAGCCAAUGCAAGAACUCUGGCGAGUAUUUUCCCCAUGAAGCAGUCAUCCAUGGUUGUAAUCUCCCUUGGGACAGAGAAACGACUUAUUUGCAUUACAGUACUUCGUGCGUGCCAUCGGAGCAGCGUUUUAGUUCAUUCUGGGCAGAGAAAUCGCACCACUCCGUAGUGGCAUCGAUACACAAUCCCUUCAGAGGCUGCGUACGGAGAAGAUUCGAAACGUGACAGAUAAAUGAUGGCAUAUCGUUAAUAAUUGUAACAACCUGCUGCAGAUUUUGAUUUAAAGCUUUCGUGACUGCAGGGAUUCAUAUUCUUGGUUCUUUUGGUAAAGUCACGUAGAGGGGAAACAAUAAAAUAAUAAAAACAUAAAACAAUACAAUUCUCACGACGUUUUGACUGCAACACAAGCAAUCAUCAUCAGGUGUGAAAACCACGGUAAUAAUUUUUUUAAGAAAGUGGCGUUUUUUCCUCUCUACGUGACUUUACCGAAAGAACCAAGAAUAUGAACCUGCUAUAGCUUGAGCACUGGUGGUUCUCAACCUGUGGUGGCUACUACCGUUACACCACCUUGUUAAAUUUAGUUUCAAUCGAGUGUGUACCCUCUUGCCUGCCCCCAACAUGGUUCUGAGAAAUAAAUGCAUGAAGAAUGAACAUCAACAUUUUAACGAAUUGUCCAUUUUGUAAGGUAAUCCUAACUCGCUAAGUCACUGCAAGGGAUUAAAAGAAAAUAAUCGUACGCUCUGCAUGCAUGAAGUCACUUGUUCACGCCCGCUGGUUGCUGUUGGAAACGACUGUGUACGAUCAAUGAGUUUACAAAGGUCGCUUAUAUCGAUCUAGGUUACCAUAUGGAUUUAAAUUAAAUCGCCGUUAUUUUAUAUUGGCAGAUUCAUACAUGAUUAUUCACCAAUGGCUCGUAUAUAAUUUCACCUUGAUCAAUCACAUGUACCCCCUGUUGAGAACCACUGAAUUAUUGUAACUCACUAACCCCCCCCCCCCACCACUGCCGAAAUUCAAGGAGUGCUGGCAGUGGCGUCGUGUGGUUGGCAUGGACCUUGCUGCAAGGAAAGAAAUGGGGCAACCCCUUGCCCAAUGUUCCCCUCUUCAUGGUUCGGUGCCUGGCCCCUGGUUCCUGGUGCAGUUGCACCGCCUGCACACUUAGACGGCAAAGCCACUGGAAGUGCUGGAGAGGGGGAUGGAGGUAUGGGGCCGUAGCAUGCUCAUCUGAUAAUGCUUGAGUUUGUUUCCAUUAUAUAUGUAUAAAAUGCCUAAGGAGUAUAUUGUUAUAAUAAUAAGUUUAAACUUGUGCCGAUGUAAUAAAAGUGGAAGGAGAGAGGAA